AGGGAGGCAUCCGGGCAUGUCCCAAAGGGCUCAGGCUGCUCCCAGGCCUUUGGGAAAUCUCACAAAAACUGACAUUUUUUAGCAAGCUGGCAGCAGAAAGUAGCAGGGGAGAGAGGUGUAAACCCAACAGGAAGGGCAGCAUCCUUUGCCGGGGUCAGGACCAGGAGGAAGACGGCCACCCCCAGCACUCCCAGCAGGGCCGCCGAGCUCCAGCCCACCGCCCUGAGCAGGCGCGUCGGCAUCGAUGGUUGGAGGAGGAAUGGACACCAAAGCCAAGGCUGUUGCAGGUCUCCUGGCAGCCACUUGUGUCUGCAGCAUCAUCACCCUCAUUCUGAGCGUUGUGAACGUGAAGGAUGUGUUUCUUCCCCCCAGCACCAAGUACGGGCUGGUGUUUGACGCCGGCUCCACACACACGUCCCUCUACACCUACCGGUGGCCCGCGGACAAGGAGAACGGCACCGGCAUCGUGUCCCAGGUGGAUGUUUGCACCGUGGAAGGUGAGUGUGCUGGGAUGUGCCUGUCCCUCUCCCUGCCCAGCUCACCUGGGGGACGCUGUGGCUGCCCAGCUCCGGUGCUUGCCAGGGUGGCUGUUCCACAUGCCAAAGCUGGUUCACAUCAGGUGUGGUACCAGGAGAAUGUCACCGUGGCAGAGCUCUACGACAGUCCGUGUGUGCGUGCCCCCAGCACAGCCAGCCCUGCCCAGGUGCUGACGGUGACGGGCACAGGGGACCCAGCCAGGUGCAGCACGGCCGUGCAGAAACUCUUCAACUUCAGCUGCGGGGCCCAGAGGCCGUGCGGGUUCAACGGGGUGUACCAGCCCCCCGUGCGGGGACAGUUCUUUGCCUUUGCUGGGUUCUACUACACCUUCCACUUCCUGAACCUGACCAGCCAGCAGUCUCUGAAUGAUGUCAACACCACGAUCCUGGCCUUCUGCAAGAGGAACUGGUCGGAGCUGGAGCGGACCUUCCCGCAGGACAAGAAGUACCUGCACACGUACUGCUCCGCAGCCAUUUACAUCCUGACGCUGCUGCUCGAUGGCUUCAAGUUCAAUGAGCACACCUGGAGCAACAUCCACUUCAGCCAGCAGGCAGCACACACAGACAUCGGUUGGACACUGGGCUUCAUGCUGAACUUCACCAACAUGAUCCCUGCGGAGCCUCUGGAACUCGUCAAGGGUCACCAGCCUGGGCUGUGGGCAGGGGCUGUCUCCUUCAUUGUGCUGGCCCUUGUGACAGGCCUGGUGGCUGCUUUCCUCCUGUGUUUCUGGAAAACCAAGUAGCUCCCAGCCUCCUGACUCCAGGCAUCCUGCCCACUAACCCAGGCAAGGAAGUGGUGCAGAAGAGGUGGAAGGGGGAGAAGAAUGAGGGCAUUAGACCCAUCUCCAUUGCUCCGGAGAUCUGACUGGGUCAUCUCUGUGAAUGUCUAAGAUUACAAAGUUGUCUUGAUCUCUCUGAACCUCCAAGAGGAAAAGACUCCUUUAAUCUGACUGCCAAAAGCUGACUGAGACUUGGUGGCUCGAUGAAGCCAGAUAAAUUCAAACUAGAAAUAAAAUCUGUUUUGUUUUUCAAAUAUGAA